AUGACCAAAGCCAAGGGCAAAAGCUUCUCGGAUUAUUUCAAUUGCUGCAAGCAGGAGAAGAAGGAUCUCGAUGAUCUCAAGAAGGAGGUGGACAUCGAUGAUCACCGGAUUACGCUGGAAGAGCUGUGCAGCCGGCACAAGACCGAUCUGACGAAGGGGCUGAGCGAUUCGGAUGCGGCGGAGCGGCUAGUUCGUCUCGGGCCCAACGCGCUAACACCACCCGCGCAGAAGAGCGUCCUCCUCGAGCUGUUCGAGCAUCUUUUCGGCGGCUUCAACUUCCUGCUCUGGGGCGCCGGCUUCUUCUCCGCGCUGGCGUUCGGCCUCGAAGUGAUCCACGUCAAGGACUGGUCGAUGGACAACCUCUGGAUGGCCAUCAUCAUGAUCGUGAUCGUGGUGGCGACCGGCCUCUUCUCCUUCUACCAGAACCGCACCUCGGCCAACAUCAUGAAGAGCUUUGCGAAUAUGAUCCCGGCCACUGCUCACGUUUGUCAUAAAGUUAAAGCUUCGAUUGUUUCAUUUUGGGUGAUCCGCGACGGCCAAUACCGCGACAUCCGCGUCGAGGAGGUCGUGCUCGGCGACUUGGUGUGCAUCUCCUUCGGCGACAAGGUCCCCGCCGACGUGCGCGUCAUCGAGUCGAAGGGCCUCAAGGUCGACAACUCUUCGCUGACCGGAGAAUCCGAGCCGCUCCUCCGCGCCCCAGAAUGCACCCACGACAACCCGCUGGAGACGAAGAACAUGAUGAUGUUCUCCACGAACGUGCUGGAGGGUACCGGCCGGGGCAUCGUCAUCAGAACGGGCGACAACACCGUGAUGGGCCGCAUCGCCGCCAUCACCUCUCAAGUCACCUCCGGCCCGACCCCGAUCUCGCUCGAGAUUCGGCACUUUAUUCGCAUCAUCGGCACCGUGGCGUUCAUCGUCGCCUCGACCUGCUUCAUCGUGUCGAUGAUCAGCGGUUCGGAUCUGCUGUCCGCGCUCGUGUUCAUGAUGGGCAUUUUUGUCGCCAACGUCCCGGAGGGUAUCACGGCCACCGUCACGGCCUCGCUGACGCUGACCGCCAAGAAGAUGCGCAAAAAGCACUGUCUCGUCAAGAAGCUCGAAGCCGUCGAGACGCUGGGCAGUACGUCGACAAUCUGCUCUGAUAAAACUGGAACGCUGACGCAAAAUCGGAUGACCGUUGCGCAUUUCUGGGCUCGCGGCGAGAUCUUCGAGGCGGUGAUGUGCGGUGAGGAUGGAAAACCGACGGGCCGCGGACUUCCGGUCACCGGCGCCUACGGGGAUUUGAUGCGCUGCGCCACGCUGUGCUCACGCUCGGACUUCAAGGAAGACGACACGGAUGUGCCGGUGCAAAGGCGCGAAACGGUCGGUGACGCCUCGGAGGCGGCCAUCCUCAAGUAUUGCGAGCUCGUACGCUCCCAGGGCGUCACGCCGAACGCGGUGCGCGAGUAUCGUGAGGGCUACCCGAAGGUGAUGGAGCAGCCGUUCAACUCGAUCAACAAGUACCAGCUCUCCAUCCACACCGGCGGCCCCAACAACUCGCACAUCCUCGUGCUCAAGGGUGCCCCCGAGCGCGUGCUCGCCAUGUCCACCACGAUGAGCACCGAGGAGGGCCCGAAGCCGAUUGAUGACAACAUCCGCAAGCAGUUCCAGAAGGCCUACGACGACCUGGGCGGCAUGGGCGAGCGUGUGCUCGGGUUCGCCGAGCUGAUCCUGCCCCCAGACCAAUUCCCGCCCGGCUUCGCGUUCGACCUAGAGAACCCGAACUAUCCCACGGCUGGCCUCAACUUCCUCGGCCUCAUCUCGAUGAUCGACCCGCCGCGCCCGGGUGUCCGCAUGGCCGUCCAUCUUUGCCAAAGCGCUGGAAUCAAGGUCGUCAUGGUCACCGGCGAUCACCCGAUCACCGCCCAGGCCAUCGCCAAGCAGGUGCACAUCAUCGACAACGGCAUCGACGUCACCCUGCUGAUCGACGAUACGGAUGCGCCAGCUGGAGAAGAGCUCUACGGCACUGGCCGCCUGAAGAAGACCGAGGCCAUCGUCGUGCACGGCGAACAACUGAAGAAGUUGUCCGAGACGACGCUCGACUCGAUCGUUGCCAACUACCACCAGGUCGUCUUUGCCCGCACGUCCCCAACGCAGAAGCUGCAAAUCGUCGAGGCCUACCAGCGGAAUGGCCAAAUCGUCGCCGUGACUGGAGAUGGUGUCAACGAUGCGCCGGCUUUGCGCAAGGCUGAUAUUGGAAUCGCUAUGGGCAUCGCCGGCACUGACGUCUCCAAGCAGGCCGCCGACAUGAUCCUCCUCAACGACAACUUUGCCUCGAUCGUCACCGGCGUCGAGGAGGGGCGCAUCAUCUUUGACAACCUGAAGAAGUCGAUCGCCUACGUGUUGACGUCCAACAUUGGCGAAGUGACACCGUUCAUCUCGUACGUCGUCUUUGGCCUCCCGCUGCCAAUGUCGCUCAUGUCCAUCCUGCUCAUCGACAUGGGCACGGAUUUGUGGCCGGCCAUCUCCCUGGCCUACGAGCUGCCCGAGAACGACAUCAUGGAGCGCCCGCCGCGUGACGCCAAGAUUGACAAGCUCGUCAAUGCCCGCCUGAUCCUCUUCUCCUACAUGCACAUUGGCGUCAUGCAAGCGACUGCCGGCUUUUGCACCUACUUUUUCAUCAUGAUGCAAAACGGGUUCAUGCCGUGGGACCUGUGGGGCCUGCGCGAACAGUGGGACAACAAGGACCUCGACACGGUGGCCGACUCGUUUGGCCAGGAAUGGUGCUACGAGUCGCGCCGCCAGCUGCUCCGCUCGUGCCACUCGGGCUUCUUCCUGUCGAUGGUGAUGGUGCAGUGGGGCGACCUGUUCAUCUCCAAGACUCGCAAGAACUCGAUGGUCACCCAGGGAAUGAACAACAUGGUGAUGAACACGGGCAUGAUAUCUACGGUCGUCCUCUCGUGCAUCUUCCUCUACACCCCCGGCCUCUACAACAUUCUCGCCCAGACGCCGCUCCGCAUGACGACGACGAUGGUCGGCCUCCCGUUCGCCGUACUCAUCUACAUGUACGACGAGGUGCGCAAGUGCAUCAUCCGCCGCCACCCGGGCGGUAUCGUCUACCGGCUGACCAACUAC